AUGACAGAUGAGUUAUUAAUUAAUUCUUUCCCCAAGUUUAUAAGUAUGGCAAAUUCAAUUGAUAGUUCCCAGUCGGGCAAAAGCUAUGAAAUCAAUUAUGACGAAGUCGCUAUGUUAAGAAAAAAGUUACAAUUAAAAUCAGAGGCACUUAUGGUGCUAACUCAAGAAUUGGAUCAAUCUCGAAUCCAACGAGAUCAAUUUAAGUUAAUGGCUGAGCAGAUUCAGGAGCGGUUUUGGCAUUUUAAAAAACAAGUUAAUACCACUAGGGAUCUAAGAAAAUAUGACAUGGAUGAGGACUUUCGUACGAUGGAUCUCUUGGCGGAAAUACGAGAACAGAACAAAUGUUUAAGAUUACAAGUUGAAACAUUGCGACAAAAAUUGAGAGAUGCCCAGGGAGAUAUCAAAGUUUUAAGGACAAGUAGUAAUCACUCAAAUUUAGAGCCAAGUAACUCACAAUUAGCUCCUGCUAUUCAUGAAAAAGAAGAAAUGAUUGAGCAACUUGAAAAACUAAAUGUUAAAUGUACACAGCUGAAAAAUGAUUUGAAAAAUUUACUCGAUGAAAAACAUGAAUUGGAGACAGAACGAGAUGCAUUUAAAUGUAAAUCACAUAGAUUGAACUUUGAAUUAUCUAAAGCUUUAAAAGCUUCACAGCCUUUGGAUGUAGAUAGCCUAAUUAAUGAAAAUAGAUAUUUACAAGAUAGACUGCAGCAAUUGCUAGCAGAGAAAGAACUUACCCGACAAUCUCUUUUAAAGUACAAGGGAAUGCUUGAUAAUAAACGGGUAAAAGGUACAAUAAAAUUAGGUGGAAAUGGGACUGUUGGUACAAUCAUGACUCAUAAACAAGGUUCUCAUAUAAAUUUCGAACAGUUGUUGCAACAAGGUAAUAAUAUACCUCCGCAAAAAUCCGCUGCUGCCUUAUCAGAUUUACGUAGUUUGUGUUCAGCACUAUUAGAGGCUUUAAAUGAUAAAACGCUGGCAUUGGUUCACCAAAAAAAAGCUAACAAAAUUUUAGCUGCAAGAAUAUGUGAACUUGAUAGUACAUAUCCAUCGCCUACGUCAAAAUUAUUAGAAGGAUAUGUAAGUGCGAAUGUUGAUAAUCUUGAAGAAAUAGAAGAUAAUUUAGAUUAUAAUGAUGAUUCAUUAAACCAUAUUGACAAAGAAGAAAAUAGCUUACAAAUAAAUAGUGAUGCUUCUUGUGAUGAAUCAUCACCUUCUCAUGCAGGAGAUUCUACCUCAACGCCAACAUUACCUCUUGGUUUACCAGAAAAUUUAGAAGCAUUAGUUAAAAAAGCAUUAAUGGAUUUAAAAGAAAACUCCAAAGAUAAGUCAUGA